AUGUGCCUCGUCAUCAUACGUUUUUUGUACCCGGGGGGGUUGUGGGAUGAGCUGGGGGAGGGGAAGAAACGAGAGUGGGGGAGGUCCCAGCUGGGACUCCCCUCUCGCUGCCCUUUGGAGCAGAGCACAAGCGGCGAGGAUGCCAACAGGAGAGCCAUGUGGCGGUGGCGGUGCCGGGAAGUGGCGCUCCUUCUCCUGCCGCCGCUGCUGCUGCUUGUUGUGUUUUUGCGGCGGACGCCCGGAUCUGCAAAAACCAUCAACAAGGAGCCCGAGGCCGCCGUGGCUUUGUCUGUCAUGAGUAUUGAACCGGAGAGAGGCUCUGCGAGGGAGCGCCUUGAAAGAGCCGCGAGCUUGAUGCCGGUUCCGCAGGAGGUGGAAGGACCGCGCGGAUACGAGGACGAGAAUGAGAUCAACUGGUCCAAGGUUGGACCGAGACCUUUGGAGCUGCAGCCUUGGGCCAAGGAUCAGCCAUCGUUCUCUGGAGAACUCGACCGUAUCAUCCUGUAUGUCAACACAAUACAGUUGAACUGCUCAAGGGUCGUCUGUGCGGGUCAAGUCAAAGUGACUCAUCCUCCCGCCGAGUCUCCAAGUUGGUUGCUGUGUGCAGAGGAGUGGCUGCUUCCACUUGCAGACACCAUGUGUGUUGCCUACUCCUUCAGCAUGGACAGCAGAGACGCUGACUUCUUCAAGACCACGUCGUCUUUCGGCUGCGACGUCCACCGCUUUGAUCCCGCCGAUGCGUCCGGCAGUCGCCGUGGCAACACUCUGGUCGGUCGCCAUGAGGACACAGGCACCUUCAGCCGGCACAGGAUGUGGCUGGAGUGGCAGUCCCCGGCGAGGAAGACGCGGGCCAGGCGCCGGGCCGGCGCGUCGCGAACGCUGGCUGACAUCAUGGCCGAGCUGGGACACGCCACGGUGCACUUUCUAUAUGCCGACCUCCUAAGCGCCGAGUGGCGUGUCUUCCAAAACUGGAUCGAGGCAGGUACGUUGCAACGCGUGCAUCACGUGGUGGCUCGGGUGCACCUGGAAUGGGCCGGAUUCCAGGUCGGCGGUGCUGAGGAGCAAGUGCUGCGCUAUUGGUUCACCGUUCUGCGAGGGCUAGGGGACACCGGGCUCAGGCUGGUACACAGCAGCCGCGGUGAUGGACAACGCGUGUUAAAACGCUACGUGGAGAAUGCGCGGAGCUCCUACACGCUCAGCUGGGUCAACACCAGACGAUGACGUCACAACGUACGCUCACUGUAUUUUUCAUUGGGUAUAAGUUAGGUAAUAUGCAAUUAUACAUAUAAAACACAUUCAAAAAAUAUACUGUAAAUGUGUUUACAAUAUACAUAUGCAGUACAGUAUAUUAUAAAUCUAUCAUGAUGGCUCAGUUGUAAUAAUGUGUAAAAAUGAUCAUUAUUACCCAACAUGGAUUGGAACAUGUUUAAAACGUAAUAAUUUCAAAUAUUUCUUUAUGUGAAAAAAAAACAGGUUUUUGUAUUGUGGCAUUAUUUACCAAUACUAUUUUAAUGAUUUUUUUGCAGGAUUUAAAAAAAUAUAUAUUUUUUUUUAGGGCUGUCAAAAUUAUCGCGUUAUCGCGCGGUAAUUAAUUUUUUAAAUUAAUCACGUUAAAAUAUUUGACGCAAUUAACGCACAUGUCCCGCUCAGACAGUAUUCUGCCUUUUGGUAAGUUUUACAGCAAGGCUUUUUGUGCUGCAGCACAACAGCGAACUCUUGUGGUCGCUUUGCGACAUGGUUUCUUUUUUUUCUUGCCAGUUCAUAUGGCUGCACGACGUCUCGGGCUGAAGCCUUCAUUGUAAUGUUGUGCUUAUAUGAUCCUUGGACAAGAUCUGUUCGUAAGUAUGGUUGUUGUAAAGAAUGUACAUAUUAUGUUAGUAAGCGAAAUGUUCUAUUUUUUGUAUGAGACGCUUUUUGUUUAUGUUUAGUGAACCUGAAUAGCGUGCUAAGCUAACGUUGUUGCUAAUGCAAUGCUUGUGUACUUUUUUUUUUUUGUAGUUUUAUGACGGUCCAAAGAGGACAAUGGUUUGAGGCUAUUUUAUUAAUAAAUCAGAUGAAAAAGGAAGAAGUCUGAUUAUUAAGGCGUCGUUCACCAGCUGUCUAGCUUUGGAAAAAGUAGACGCUUCGGAGUGAGGACAGCAUAGACAGAUUUAAAUGACAGUAGAGUGAAAUGCCCACU